GGGAAUCGGCCUGAGAGUAAUGAAAAGCGAUCACUUGAUUCCGUUCGGCAAUUUUUCCUGUAUAUUUAUGACGCUCUUAUGUCCAGCCAGUCGAAGCACUCAGCUCUCGCGCAGUGUCAUGGUCGUGUAUAUGGAUGAGUCGACUGCAUUCAGGGGAUUAACACGCCAGAAUUCAAACCGAGCCGGGCACUCCGGUUGAAUUGUUAUCAGAUAGUGAAAAUUGUUUUCUUUGUUUCCUUUCAUGUUUUGCCCCCCCCCCCCUUUUCUCUAUCAGAUUUGUCGAGGGGAGGCUGAACUUCUGUCGGGCUCUACUGCUGACCUAAUGAGCAGGCACCGAACUUAACAAAACCAUAGCAGAUCUGCAGCAUGGCUAGUCUUGACAAUGCAGUGCAAGAUGCAGUCAGCGGUCGUAACGCGACGUGAGGCAGGUCGGCGAGAAGCGCGCCAAAUACAUGGGCUUUUGUUGGUGUAUCUGGUCAUUAGCUGGAGCGUUGGUCUAGUUUGGUCCAGCGACGCACCAGGAGAUACUGUGGAGAGAUUGACGCUGUUUCAACUGGAUCCCGUCAAGAAAGGCUACGUGAGGGAGUUGGAGGCUGAGCCAGGCAAGGUUCUACAUGUCGAAACAAAAGCCCUGGAACCACCGCUGUUCGAAAUUCGUGAAUUCUUGACACCGGAGGAGUGCGCUUACAUCAUCGAGCAAGCGCUGCGUGAAGGUCUGUACCCCAGUGGAGUCAACGACGACGCGUACUACAAGGCCCCGGCCAACGGUGAGCAAGAAGACGAGGGACACGACUCGCCAGCUGGCGAGAUGGACACAGAGGACGAGCGGAGACACGCGGAUUCUGUCUUCGGUGACCUGGACGUCAAUGACGAUAUGUUUCUGGAUACUGAGGAAAUUCUCUCUGUCCUGAACACCGAUAACGCUUUCCUGAGACACAGGGAUGUCCUGCAGAUGUACAGUGACCUGGGUCUGGACCCGGACUCGGACGGCCGUCUUACCCUUGAGGAGUUCCUCUCGUUGGUCUUCAGCGACCGGCUGGCGGACAUCGAGCGAUGGGUCUGGAGACAGACGGGGCACGGGGAGAACAAGAUACGGGAGAGCAAGCAAGCCUGGCUAGGCCAGCCGGGUCCGGCCACUGACCCGGUACUCGCAGCGCUACAGAGGAGGGUCGUGUCACUAACCAGGUUACCCGAGAAGAUCGUUCAGUGGAGUGAACAGCUACAGGUUGUCCGUUACGAGACCGGGGGCCAUUUCCACGCGCACUACGAUUCCAAUGAAUUGGACGACAUGGAAUGUAUGGUAAACGGCGUCUCCGGUCGUUUCUGUAGAUUCAUGACUAUUCUGUACUACCUUGACGACGAUGUGAGCGGAGGAGAAACCGCUUUCCCAAUCGCUGACAAUGAAACCUAUUCGGACAGGGCCACAAAGACAGAGAUUUAUGACCUGAGUGAUCACUGUCAUGACGCCAACUUGGUCAUCAAACCAGAAAGGGGAAAGGCUAUCCUGUGGUAUAAUCACUACGUAAACGAGAGCACAGGCUGGUUGGGGGACUUGAAUCUCUUCUCUCUCCAUGGCGGAUGUGAAGUCCUAAAAGGCACCAAAUGGAUUGCAAACAAUUGGAUCUGGGUGGACGAUUCGUACGAGAGACAGAUGGAGUACCUCAGUAAUGUUCAACGGGCUCUUGAAGAGCAAAAGAAAACCAAAGCCGCUAUGGGACUCUCGGUGCCUCGUGAUGUUGCCAGUGGCCUAGAUAUCUUGAAGGAUCUGUUCGGUGUUUUUAAGCCAAAGACUGACACGUGCUCAAUUGUAGACGAACUGUAACAGUUAGGACCAUUUUGGGGGCGAGCAAAUUGUAGGAUCCUCUUGCCAAUAGUGUCUUCAAAUGACGCUAUAAAAGUUAAUAAGUACAUAGUGUGAUAAUCUGCUUGCGUACGUGCAUUCUACCAAGCUUAAUACAGUUGACAAGUCAUUUACCAAGUGCUUGGGCUCUUUAUACUGUGUACAUGUUCGCCUUUUGGUUUCCGAUAAUUUGGUUAGUAUGCCGUGUGUUCGCCAAAAGGCCAUUGUUGAAAAGGAACAAAACUUACACUAAGAAUUUACUUGGGAAACUGGUUUCCCAACUGACAAAUUUAUGUGAGAGGAAAAGGGUUAAAAAAGUCAGCAAUCAAAACGUAAUGUGCACUAAGAGAUGUAUAAGUGAGAUGGCUGGCCUUGUAAAUGUGCCUCUCCACGGCUGUUUGAUGUUUCGUCUUUUGUUGCUUUUAGCCGGAACAAGACGAGCUGCAAUAAUACUUGGUGCCCGUCGUCCAAAAAUAGGUUCAAAAUUACCACUGAUCAUUUGUACUUGCGGCCAAAGUGAUAUCCAAACAAUAUCCUUGCCCAAUUCUCACGCAAGUUAUAACGACUGAAUUUACACAUUCGGAUAACAAAAACAAUUAAGGCCUGUCAUUUAACACCCUUAUUAGUUGCCAGAGGUGGUUGAAGCCUAGUUUGAAACGAGGCUAAAGUGCCUGAGGAGUAAACACGUUUUUAAAAUGCGGAAAUAUUGACAAGUUUAGAUUGUGCAUGUUUAUUUGUUAAGGUUUGCUUUGUACAAGUUAAGAGAGAAACAGAGCAACAGAAUUUAGUUGCGUCUACUUUUAAUAAAAGAAAAAUGGUCUUUCCUGAA